CGAAUUAAUGGCUUCAUAGCGGGUAUCACAGAGGUUUCCAAUUUCGCGUCUACUGCUCAACCGAACAUUCACGAUAGAUGGAAACCAUCAUCAUGCAGGCAGUCAAUCCAGGUCGAUCGCUAACCGGGUCCAGAAGCCACUGCGGACCAGGGUGCUGGCACCAGGUGUCACGGCUUGGAGGUCGGUACUUUCGGCGCCUGUAAGCUCAAGUAUCGGGUGCUUGUUGCAGUGCUCAUGCGGCUAUAUGUAGCCCUCCCUUGCAUUUUCCGCGCAUAGCAGUCUUUCAUAUUCAUGUUGCCCUUGUCGCGCAAGUCUUAAGUACCACAUACGGCUGAGGAUCGCAUCAUGGCCAACGUGAAUGAGAAGAACGCAAACCCAGAAGCGCCGCAUGACGAAAGCAAAGACGCAAAUGGAGCUAUAGAUCUCACCGAAGGCAGCGAGCGGGACCUCGACCUCGAAGCGUGGGGAGAGGAGCAUGGCUAUGUCUUGGAUGUGGAAGUGCUGAAAGAGAUCACCCCAAAUUGGCAAAACUACCAGACCACAGCCGAUGGUCGAACAGUCCUUAUUCCUCAACCCACCGCAGACCCACGAGAUCCCUUGACCUGGUCAUGGAAGAAGAAGCACCUCAUUCUGAUUGUUAUCGCGUGCACGGCGUUCCUUCCUGACUACGGAUCGGCAGUCGGAGCAGUCACUCUCAUCCCACAAAGUCUUAUUUGGGGUAUACCGCAGGACGUCGUCAAUCACAGCCAGGUCGGCAAUGUCUUCAUGCUGGGAGCUGGUGGUGUGUUUGUCGUCGCACUCGCUGCCUAUUUUGGGCGCCUGCCGGUGCUGUUCUGGUUCACUCUCACUGCUGUCUGGACCGCCGCUGGAUGUGCAGGUGCCGCAACGUUCAAUACGUUCAUGGCGUUCCGCAUCCUGAAUGGUUUUUUCUCCACUGUAGCGCAGGGUGGAGGUGUGAUGUUCAUUAAAGAUCUAUUCUUCGUCCACGAGCGAGCAAGGAAGAUCAACCUCUGGGCCAGCUUUGUUAUUCUUUCGCCAUACUUUGGACCGUUAAUAACCGCCUUCAUUAUCUCCACAACGCCGUGGCAGUGGGCCUUUGGAGUCUACACCAUCAUGACCGGCCUUUGCCUCAUCUUACAGAUACUCUUCGCUGAAGAAACAUUCUUCAACCGUAAGAUGCCUGCAUCAGAACGGCCACAACGAACACCAGGUGUUGGUGGGAAGAUUGCACGCCUGAUAGGCACCGAGCAGUGGCGUUCGCGCAAACAGCGCAGCACUUUCGCACAAGCUGUCAUGCGUCCUCUUCGUACAAUCAUGAAGCCCACCGUCUUCAUAUCAACAGUCUAUUACCUCUGCACGUUCGCUUGGGUCGUUGGGAUCAACACAACGCUAUCCAUUUUCAUCACUGCUCCGCCGUACAACUUCGGUCCCCGCUCUAUUGGAUUCUUCUACUUUACUCCAGUAGUCGCCGCUAUCCUUGGCGAGCUCAUCGGUCGCUGGCUACACGACGCUAUCGCCAUGGCGCUCACCCACCGCAGCAAAGAGAAGAAGCUCGAGCCGGAGUACCGGCUCAUGGCAAUCUCGAUCAGUACACCGUUCAUGCUGUCAGGCCUGAUUGUGCUUGGCUUCGCCCUUGAAGAAGGCUGGCACUAUAUGCUUGCUGCUCUCGGCUGGGGUCUGUACGUCUUCGGUAUAAUGAUCACAACGGUAGCCAUCACCGCCUACAAUCUUGACAGCUACCCAGAGGGAUCAGGAGAGAUUGCGGCUUGGAUCAACUUCGCUCGCACCACGGGGGGUUUCAUCGUCAGCUACUUCCAGGUGACAUGGGCUAACGCUGAAGGCACGAAGCAAAGCUUCGGAAUCCAAGCGGCUAUCUGCUUCUUAGCGUAUCUCAUGGUUGUCUUCAUGCAAGCGUUUGGGCAGCGGAUCAGAGAACGAGCGGGACCAUUGCGGUUCAAGACUGAUUGAUGUGGUCGAGAUGGUACUCGAAGCAACACAGCGACGCUUAGGCGGGGCUUACACUUCGCGUGUCGUACCUUACCCCAAGAGUCGACCACUCCACAUAAUUCGAGUUCGUCUCACUUCACCGUCUUCGCCACGUGUUAUUGUGAAGACGAAUGUGUGAUUUGUUCUGUAGAAACUCGCGUGGUCUGCAGGGAUACUUCGGCAAAGCUUCGGCG